AUGGAUCCCCCUUUUAAUAAUGGGCAGUACCCUGGAGGCCCUGGCUCUUUUACCUCAUCGUGGACUGACUAUGAUGGUCGUCCAUACUAUUCAGAAGUCCAAUCUUCCGCUGACGUGACGAGCUUGAAUUCGGACCUCCCCCAACAGGAAUUCACAUGGAUCAACCCCGAGCUCGGUCGUCAAGCGCCAGAACUUCCAGAGAAAUUCGAUAGCGAUCUGGCUGGUAUUGAUCCGAAAUAUCACGAGCCGGAUGAUGAUAUCCCUCAAACCCUGGAAGGUGAUCUAGGAAGCUCAACCGUCACGGAAAGAGCAGUAGAUGAUGCAGCAAGCGAGAGCACGGCGCUGCAGCCGUCUCAGGCUGUCCAGACGCUUCCAGGAGGGAAUGGUCGGCCCGCAAUGGGGAUACCAAGUUGCGCCCCUUUCGCUCUGCAACCUUCGAUUGACGGCGCCUUUUUCCAGGUGCUCGAUGCCUACAGAGCUGUCGGCUCUAGCCAGUCAAGCCCUGGUCAAGUUUCUCAGGCGUUGCUGAACAUUGAAGCAAUGAGAACCUUCUUUCUUACACAAAUCCCAGCCUCUCCUAUAUCAUCAACUGAGUCCUCAGAACAAGGCAGAGAAGCAUUUCGAUGUUGGGUAUGUAGUCCGCGGAAUCAAAAAACCUUUGCACAUUUUGCUACCUUAAAGAGGCACCUGGCUGGGCAUGAUAUACUCGAGCACGGGUGGCGCUGUCCUGAUGGAGAUUGCUCUAGAAUCAUCGCGCGGCGGGAUAGGAUGCAGGAUCAUCUUCGUCACAGGCACAAGAGAUUCAAUGUGUCCUCAGCUGAGGUGGAGGAAACUCGAGUGACAUAUGCCCCACCAACCAACUGUCCACUUUGCCCCCAGGAAACACCUACUUGGCGUGCCUAUUUCGAUCACAUCAAGGAACACUGUCUCGUUUCCCCUGGCUUGAGUGCCCCUACCAACGGCGAUCCAUCUCGCCGUGGCGGCGAUGGUGGCGGCGAUGGAGGGAACGGUAAUGGCCAUGCUCCUGGCCAUUGUCAAGGUUAUUCUUUAACUGGGCCCAGCAAUAUGAGCGGAGAACCAUCCAACCAAUCGAAUAACUGGAUUGGGGGUACUUAUUCCAACACAAAUUUCGGAGACUUCAGGAGGAACAACGUGCAGCCUGCUUUUAGACCUAACAAUGUCACCGGAGAACAAUUGAUGGGUGACAUGCCUCCCCCACCUUUCAGAUCGAGGACCCACCUCCCCAGAGUCGAUGGGCAGCCCAGAGCUCAACCCCCACAAAACCCUGGAUUGCCACGAUCCAAUCCUUCGACCAAGCGCAAGCGGUCGGACAAACAGAAACAGCCGGCAGAAGAGAAGGCCCCUGAUCCGAACAAAUGUCGCCGAUGCAAGCAUUUCAUGGCCACAUGUCAAUUGUGCAAAUCGGUUCGUGGUUGUCACGAAUGCGGUGGCAUGUCUAGAAGUGCUAUCCAAGUUAGAACCUCCUCGACAACGCCUGCGCCAACCCUCCCAGAUGUCUCUCCCACCAUCUACAAUCUGAACCCGUCUUACCUGCCCCCAUCGGGGAAUUAUGAAACGCCGCAAAAUAUGCUCACUCAACCGUCUAAUUAUUACUAUUACAAUGGCGUGGGGUACGUGGACCCGCGCGCAAUUGGCGGCACGACCAACACAUACAUGGGCAAUCCAACCCCAGAUUCCAGGUAUGCGAUGGUAGCAAUGGUUCCCGAAAACCACCCAAUUCUGAGUGAUCUCAGCCACAAGGUCCAAAAGUCGGCUGUUGUUGAACGUGAUAUAAAUUUACUUCACAGCAUUGGACUAGGCAAAUCGCUCUCCAUCAAAGGGCAAGCCAAGGAAAUAAGAGAAACAACCCCCGGUGCUCCGGGGGCCCCAGGCCACUACGCAGAUCUAGCUUUCAGAGCCAAAAGAUCUUCGGCCAUUCUUGAAAGCCCCCAGCCGGUGUCUCCUUGCCAAUGCCCGUGUGUGCGAGUGCCCGCCGUGGACUACAAAGCCCACGCAAAGUUGAAACUAUCGCCAAACGAACGAGUUGAGAUGGCAUUCCAGAUGACCCCGGAGCGCGGAACCACCCACCCCCUCCGAACGCGGGUACGAGUCUUCGUGAAGCUUUUCACACUCCGUGUAUCGGCAGCACAGUCAAAGGCUAAGCAGAAGGCUCACUCAAUCACACCUCACGCCACCUCCGCUGAGCAUGCUGACUCCGAUUCCGAUUCCGACCAAGGGCUCACUCCCACAUCGCCUUCCGGUUCCGAAAUCACACCACCAUUUGACUGGACUGAGGAGGUGCAAGAUUGGUCAUUCAGUUUUGAGCUUAAUUGGGUUAUAUUGAAGAUAUCCCAGUGGACUAGCCGGACAAAUACCGAUACGUGCCAGAAACUAUUCGUUUCUAAUCCUGGUCACAUACUGGAAUUGAUAUCUAUCUACAUUUUGUGCAUGUUCAAGGCUUCUUGGGUGUCGAAGGGUCGCAAUGGGCUUUUGGGCAUUUAA